CUAAAAACCGUAUUAAUAUUUAUUAUUAUUAUUCAAUUAGUUCAUAAUUAUUGUCGCCGUAUUAUAACAUUACAGCAUUUUGUCUGUUGGUGUUGAUAACAAUACUAACACAUAAAGUACAUUAUAUUGUUUACUUGUGGUAGGUAGGCAAAUAUUGCACUCAUCAUUUGUUUUAUUUUUAUUAUAAUUGAGUAUCAAUAAUAUAUUUUUGUGUACCUACCGACACACUUACCAAUUAUUCGCAAGUAGAUAAUUGUAAAUUGAAAACUGAAUAGAGUUCAUUGAGAUCGGUGUAUGUUUUGUACCUAAUAUUGUCAAUUUUCGAAGUACUUAAUGUAAGUACAUCAAAUAUAUAUAUCUACCUCAAAAACACUACAUUUUAUCAAUUUGAAUAACGAUUUUGAAAAUAUUUCUAACAUACACCGAUCACAUAUCACGUUCAUAGUUCUUCAAAUUUGAUUUAAUAAAUAACACUCCUUGUUUGCAUAAUAUGAUAAUUGCAUUAGGAUUAAGUAGGGUUGCUAUAAUUUCAUUAAGCAAAUCUUGGAUGGACAGAAAAAAUAGCCAAUAGAUUAGAUUAAAAAUUUGAUUGAAUCAUAUUGGGUACCUAUGUAUGAAAACGAAAAAAAAUAUUAUUUUACACAUUAUAAUGACAAAAAUUAUAUUUGUUGUUAAAUAAUUUAUAAAAUUAACACUUUUUUUUUUAAUCUUUAAAAAGAUUAUCAUUAAGUAAGUAAUGAGUAUUUGGAUACUAUAUAUGGUUUUGGUAUCAUUGUUUUAUCCCAUAUUUGUUAGCAAUAACAUUUUUAUUUCUAAUACAAUAUUAUUAGUCGAAACAAAUUGUUGACAUUAAAUGAUAUAUAUUUUUCUCGAAUCUGGAAUACAUGUAGAUAUCCCAGCAUUUAUUUUUGAGGCACUGGUACAUCAAAUUAAAAACCCGUGAUAUUCAUGGUUUUCCGGGCAUUCCCAGGGAUUAGGUAAAUACAAACAAAUUUUUAAAAGUCAAAUUUAUACUUGUGUCUGUUCAUUAAUGACGAAUGAGGCACAUUCAGGAAUACUUUAAGUCUAUAUUAAUAUGGUGUCUUAAUUGCAGUUGUGAUUGUACAAUAUGUAUAAUAGAUUAUUAUAAAAUCAAUGAUUUAUAGUUUUACUGUAGAUUUAUAAGUAAAUUUUAUAUAUGUGUGUUGGAAUACAAUAAACAAUGCUAUUAGGUGUAUUAUUUUAUAGACAUUAAUAUAUAAUUGAAUACUUAAUUGAAUAAUAUAAAUACUUGACUCUUCUUUCAUAUAUUUGAGGUCCACCACCUUGAUCCUAAACAUGCACUUCCGCAUUAUCUAUAAUCAAAGCAGUCCUUUUAUAUCACUCAAGCAUGUCUAAUAAUUUAAUAAAUAAUAAAUAACAUAUAUAUAUAUGCAUUCAUAAACAAAUUACUUUUAUAGGAUUGUCCCAUAAACUUGAUUGAUGACGUCUAAUAUAAACAAUGUUGAAAACCAAAAUACUUGGUUUUUUCAUAGCUUUUCUGGAGCAUGUAGUGGGAGUAUAACACGUUUCGUUAGUCAACCAUUUGAUGUCAUCAAGAUUAGAUUUCAGGUAAUUAAGUCGUGUUGUAAGUUUUAUUUUAUUGAAGGAAAUUUUGUUUACUGAAGUAACUUACUUGUUUAAAAAUUUGACAGUUGAUUAAAUACUAAGAUAAUAAAUGUGUGUAAAAUUAACCAGGAUUAUUUUAUAUAGGUACCUACAUUUGUUUUUAAAUUUAUAACAAAAAAUUAUUGUUAAACAAAUUACUUUGGUAAUUAUAUGGACUAGGUAAUAUUUAUACUUUAUUAUAUGAAAAGAAAAUUACUUUUCAACUAUUAAUUAUUGUUCAAUAUUGAUUUAAAAAAGUAAAAAUAAUUUCCCACCAGCAAAACAAUAAAUUCAUAUAAUAGAUACCAUUCAUAUUAACUUAGUUGCUUUUCAUUAUUAGUUACAAGUUGAGCCUGUGUCGCAAAUCUCAUGUAACUCAAAGUAUAAAUCGAUUUUCCAAUCAAUUUGUCUUAUAAAUAAAGAAGAAGGUAUUAAAGCUCUUUGGAAGGGACAUAUACCUGGACAGUUAUUAUCAUCAACUUAUGGGUUAACACAAGUAAAUAAUAAUUCAUGAAAAAAUAAUUCUAUAUAUUUUUGUAUUAUUUAUUUUUAUUUUAAAUGAUUGCAAUUACUUAAAUAGUUUGGAGUAUUUCAAACAUCUCUAAAAUAUUUGUCAAUAACAGAGACAGAAUUAAAUCAGAAUUCUAGUGUUCAUUUUGUUUGUGGUGUAAUGUCUUCAACAAUUGCUACAAUUGCAUCAUAUCCAUUUGAUGUUAUACGUACACGUUUAGUAGCACAAAAAUCUAAUCAGGUAAUGUAUAAAUGUAUGUAUUUAAAAUUUAAAACAAUUCUAAAUCACCAAUCCAUAAUAUUUUGUAUACUUAGGCAAUUAAAAUAAUAUUGUAAUACCAAUUUUCAAUAUAGUAAUGAUAUGUAGGAAAGUAUUUUUAAUGAACAAAUUAUGUUACAGAUUUAUAAAAAUAUGAGACAAGUUGCAUUUUCAAUAUAUAAAACAGAAGGGGUUUUAGCUUAUUAUAGAGGAUUAUUCCCUACACUUGUUCAGAAUUCUUUACAAGGUGGAUUAAUUUUUAUGUUUUAUAACUCAUUCACGAAAUUUACUUCUACCAAUACCAGAACGCAUAAAAGUAUGUAUCUAGUUUUAUAGAUAAUAAUAAAUUAACUAUAUAUUAAAUUAAAUUUUUGUUCCAAAUAGCGGGCAGUGAAGAUUACUUAAACACUGUUAAACAAUUAAGUUCUGGGUUUUUGUCUGGUAUAGCAGCAAAAACAUGUAUAUAUCCAUUAGAUAUUGUAAAAAAAAGGUUACAGUUACAAGAUUUUGUAAAAACAAGAAAUGAUUUUGGCAAAGUAAGCUAGAAUUGUUAUCAUUAUUUUAACCAUAAUUAACAUUUUGUAACACAAAUUAACCAUAUAACUUGUUAUUAUAACUGUUAAAUGGUUUAUAGUGUGAAAAUAAAUAAAUGAAACAUUUCUAAAUAUGUUGCAGAAGUUAUUGAAUAAUUUUGUUAUUAAUCACACAACACUUUAUUUUCAGAAAUUUGUGUGCAAAGGAUUGGUGGAUUGUAUAUAUUUAACAAUUAAAGAAGAAUCCUUUUUUGGUUUGUUCAAAGGACUGUCCCCUUCAUUGCUUAAAGCUGGUGUGUCUACAGCAUUACACUUGGCAAUCUAUGAACACAUCUUUAAACUAUUAAAUAGUUAUUAAUAGUUUAGGCAUUAUGCAUUUCAAUUUUUGUUACCUAUUUAUUAUUUUAGAAAUAUUUAACAAUAAAUUCUAAAAAAGUGUACACAAUUGUUAAUUAUGUUUAUUUGUUUUUGUUUUAAAAACAUAAUAAAUAAAUCAUGUAAAUGUAAAUUAAAUGCCCAUGUAAUUACAUAGUGUAUAAUAUUUGUAGUUAUAAUUUGGUGGUGUUCCAAGACACCCAUAUAAAUCAUUUAUUUUCAAGCAGUCUGUUUUGCUCAUCAUUUUUCUUUGGCCAAUUUUUUGACCUUCAAUUUUCGGAACAAUUGUUUGUUUUCCUUUACCAAUACUGUGAAC